UCUGCCGCCGUUACGAGACAAAACGUCAGUUGAGAAACAAAUGGCGGAUCGAUUGUAAGCAAAAGCGGAUCAAGUGGAUGCUGAACUUAAUGGAAUUUUCGGGCAGUGCAAAAACAUAUCCACAGAGUGAAAAAUUAGUAAAUUCUAAUUAAAAACAUGAAAUUAAGUAGGUAUCAAAUUUAUAGUGCACAAUUUCCGUUGAAAACUCAAUGGCGAGUAGUGAAAAUUUUCGCAAAAAAUGUGAACAUCGGGGCAGAGGUGUAGAUGGCUGUAAAAUUGCAUAAAGUGCAAACGGAUAAUGGAAAAAUAUGUGAUACUUGUGGAUGACGAACAAUGGAAUAGAAUUUAUGCUAAGUUGGUUGGAGAUUAGCCAGUGGGGGGUCUUUUGGAAAUCUUAGGGCUAAGCAAAAAAGCAAGAAUACAACAUUUGAAUGCAGGUUUAAGAAUUUCCGGGAUUAUGAAGAUUGGCCCAUUUUUAACAAAGGCAAAGACGCACAUAUGUGUAGAGCGUUGUUUGUUGGGCUACUGGCUGCCCUAGCAGAACAAAUUUUCUAAUAAAUUACAUAUUUCGCUAAAACAAGGUCCAGCGAACUCACUUUUUCUUUAAAACGAAAUUAAAUAAAAGCAUCGACCGAAAAUUUGCAAAUUAAAAUUUUUUCUUCUAGUUGUGUUUCCACCCACUUUCGUAUUUCUGCUUUUUCGCGCACACCUUGCUUUGUGCUGCGUCUUCUUCGUCUUUUCAUUCAUGAUUCUUGACUUCUACUUUUUCCCCGCUUUUGUAGCUGUUUUGCUCGUAUUUCUCCUUGGCAUUCGCCAAUUGGAUUUUUCAAUGUUGCCCAGUCGGUUCUCGAGUAUUUUUCGCUAGGCGCCCAACGCAAAAAUCUUAUCGGGGAUUUUUUAAUUUUAUUUCUUUGCUUUGAGUGCUAAAAAUAAAAGUGUAGCGAUUAUAUUACGGAAAUAACCACUUAAUUAUGUAUAUGCACGAGUAAAACUAUGAUAGAUUUAAAAUAAUUGUGACAGAUUUGCGUUACAGCGGACUUGUGUAGAAAUUUCAUAAAUGAAAUGUGUGAAAAGCAGCAAUUAAAUGCAAAAAAUUCUGCAUAUCCUUAAAGCUUCCAAUUUUUAUGUGUUUUUAUUUGAUCCAAGUGCAUAAGUUUUCAAAAACGCAUAUAAAAAGCCGAAAGUAUCCGGCUAGUAAAAAACGCAUAUAAAACGCAACCGCCUACCAGCUGCGUAAACCGUAAACAGUAUACAAAGGUGCGGCCUCGUCUGUGCUCGCUACAAUAAACACAAAGAAAAGACUGCAAGUCAUCAGCUACUACCAGUCGGUCGAGAAGCAACAGCGUUACCCCCGCUCCAAUAACACAUAAAGUUGUGGAACUUUGAUGGUCAUCCCCUACAACGACAACUCAUGAAAAACUCCAAAUAACAACAACAACACGAUUGCUUUGAAUUGUCGCGGCGCAAAAAAAUAAAGAAAAAAAAACAGUUUAAAAUAACAAUUCCAACAGUAGCAGCCAACUAAAGAUAAAAAAGUAUUAGAAAACUUAAAAGAAAAACUCGCUAGUUAAACAAACAAAGCAAAAAACAACAACAAAUCCCAAAACAGUGCAGCAAACACGCUGUGUACAAUGUUUCCAAGCUCUUAGUGUUUGAAAAAAAGAAACAAAGAGACGUUUUUCCUAUUUUAAUUUAACUUUUACACAGAAUACGCAAAUCCUUACAAACCAAAAAAAAAAAAAGCAUUUUCCAGUGUGUAUUAAGUUUGUGUUUUAUGUAUUUUAAUCGCCGCAUUUGGUGGAUGUCUUUGCUGCCGAUGUAAUUUCCCAAAGCAGUGCGAGUAGCGGCACUCCUCUACGUAGUUUGGUAUUUUUCUCGUCCAAUAGGAGGUACAUUUUUCGAGCGUACAUUGGUUAAAACUGUAUGACAUUACUUGGGCCUAGCGCCCCUGGUAUGGCCUUUAUGAUGAAAAAGAAAAAGUAUAAGUUCAAUGUUGAGGUACAAUUACAAGAGCUUUCCGAGGUGGCGCUGGUGAAUGAGGUGCUGUUCGCGAAAAUACGUCUGCUGGAUGGUGGUUCGUUUCAGGAGUACAGCAGUAGAGAGGAGGUACGCGAUCAUCGUGUAGCAUGGAAUCGCAGCUUCGAAUUUCCCUGCAAAAUGUCCGCCAAUGCGUCCACGGGCGUACUGGAUCCCUGCUACUUGCGUAUCUCCAUACGCAAGGAGAUGAAGGGUGGACGUAGUUAUUUUAAGUUAGGUUUUAUCGAUAUAAAUCUUGCCGAAUUCGCCGGUGCUGGACUAACGUCGCGACGCUUUCUGCUCGAAGGAUACGAUUCGCGCCAUCGUCUAGACAAUUCCAUGCUGCUGGUGUCCAUCAAAAUGCACAUGCUCAGCGGUGAUAUACUCUUCAAGGCCCCCACGCCAAAUUUGAAGAGUAAACAAAAACCCUCUACUGACGAUUUGUCUACAGCAUCUACAGGCGUCGGACUGCAAACGCCCACUGCAACAGCUUUGUCCAGCAUUGGCAGCGGUGUGGGUAGUGGCGCGUCCAGCGUCAGUGGCGGCAGUCAGGGCAUACCUGUUGGUGGCGGUAGUGGCGCUACGCUAGGCAGCGGACUCAAUAGCGCGACCAGCACGCGACCUGUAUCCACUGUGCGGGAUGAUGAUUUGGAUCCCCAAGUAGUCAUCGCAUCAAUUGUGACGGACUCUGGCUUGUCGGAAUCCUCUGAAUCGGCCACCACACUCACCACAGAAGCGUUACUGCUGCAGCAGCAACAACAGCAGCAGCAACAACAAUUUAUCACCUAUCCACCGCAAAAUUCGUUGGGCUCAACGACAACAACCACCGUCGUAACGCUAACGAAUGCACAACAAAUGCCGCCGUACGUGGGUAUUGGCGGCAAUGGUGGCAGUAGCGGCGGCGGUGGCGGCGGCGGUGGUGGUAGUGGUGCCGGUGGCGGUGGCGGUGCAGCUGGUAGCAGCGCAGGGGGUGUACUGGGUAUUGUGGGUAGCAGUAAUUGUGGUACGACCAGCGCUAAUGUGAUGGGAAGCGUUGGUGGUGGGGGCCUGGGAGGCACUACUACUGGAACAUCAGCGAUUAUGGAAAUGGGCCACUCGCGUAAUUCCAGCAACACUAGUCAAAUGUCGAAGGGUUCGGGCUACAGCAGUUUUUCGCACAGUCAACAUUCGAGGCAAAGCUCUGAGGGCGAUUCAGGGCAUGCAAGAUUCAGCAAAUCAGUUUCUCUCCUUAAUAGACUCAAUCAGAAAACCGCCAACGCUAUGAAGCUGAAUAUACCAUCGUUGAAUCAUCAACCGCCGGCGGAUACGAUCAGCGAGUAUGACGGCGAGGAUCUGCUUUUCCAGACACCCAAUUCUACCAUACGCGAUGAGGAGUUUCGUACGCCACUUAACGAGAUGCCCGUAACCUCAUCCGCUUGCUCUCUAUCCAUCUACGGCGAUAACUUUGUGUUGAACGCACCUUCGCCGACGUAUCGCAGCGUCGCCAGCAACAGCAACAGCCGUAGUGGCUCGCGCACCUCUCAGAUCUACGAAAGUGGCAGCGGCAGCGGUAGUGGCGGUGGCAGUGGUAGCGGCAGCGGUGAAUCAGGUUCGGAGGAAACCGCCGACGACUCUGGCUUGGAUGAGAAUUUCCAUACGCCGCGCGUAGCCAAAAUCAAAUCGAUGGAAAAUCUCUCCAUUAUCGAAAUGGAGUUCCACCGUGCAUCACAGGAAUUGGAUCGUAAUUCACCGCGUCGCCUUAAGUUGUUGGCUGAGCGUGCACAAAUACCAAAAAUUAAAUCGCUUAGCAAUUUAUGCCUAGAUGAUUACAGCGAGCAACAGGUGCGCGAAGAGUUGCUGCGCAUGCGCGAGCGCUCGCUGGAGGAAAAACAUCGCUUCAAUUUGCAGCAGCGCAAGAACUCUACCUCGUCGACUAGUUCGGGCAAGUUGUUUAUGAAGAACAAAGUGGGCAAUGCCAAAUUCAUUGGCAACGACGAUAGUCCACUGCCGCAGCAGCCGCACAGUCAACAGCCGCCUUCAUUCAUGCCACGUGUGCCACACUAUCCGAUACAGAAGAUGCGCUCUAUGGGCACCAUACCGGAUGUGGUGACGGAGCGCGUCGAACCCGAUCCCUUUCUUACGCCGACUUCGGGUCGCAAGCCGAAUUUCCCGCUGGUCACACAGUCGGCAGAGAAGCCUUCGCCGCCUUCAUUUGUUGCGCGUUUGCUUAACUAUGACGUCGUUGAUUCACCGUCAUCCUUGGCUGGCACAUCGAAUAGCCACAAUCCACAGCUACAACAACAUCACACCCAUGGCUCGCUAACGGAGCUCUAUUCGCAUGAUCGUGUCAGCACAUUGUUGUCCAAUGAACAGAGCGCUGCUGGCAUGUCCUUCAUGUCGCGCACACCGUUCGAGCGAGCCUACCGACGCACCAUGUUGAAGAGUUCGACGCCACUGCGACAAACGCUGGGCUACGUGCAGUACACAACGCUGGAGGAGCAGGGAAUACAGCUGCGCCCGGAUGGACAUCAACAACAACAACAACAACCUUAUGCUAUGGGCCAGCAGGAGGCGCUCUUAGUGCGUCCACACUCGACGAACACCGCCUACGAGUUAAUGAGCACUGGCCGCAACUUUAGCGGUGUACCGCGUCGUCUACUCGACGGCAGUAAUCGUCAAAUCUCCUCAAUUGCACUAGGCGCCUCAACAUCGCCCUCGGCAGCAGCAGCGGCGGCGGCGGCGGCGGCGGCGGCGACUUCGGCGGCGAACAUCAGCUCUUCGCCCUGCGGUACACUCGGCAGCAUUAACUCCACCCACUCGGCAUCCUCGUCCAGCGGCAGUAGCAGCAGCGGCGCCGUCAUCACCUUUCAGUGCGCCGGCGGCGGCCAAUCGGGCAUUGGCAGCAGCAGCGACACGGUAGACGGCAUUGGCUAUAGCGACGGCGGCGGUGGCCAUCCCAACCAGUUGCUCGGCUCACCCAGCAAUAAUGGCAUUGUUUGUGGAGUUGGUGGCGGUGGCGGUAGUGGUGCUAACAGUCCGCGCCUCGCUCCCAGCGCACUCACCUCUGCUUCCGCUACAACCGAGGCGAUCAGUUCUUUGGCAGCCAGUCCUACGGACGCCUGCAGCAUACGUUCAAAUCCUUCGGCCGCAUCGCUUUUGCUAACCACCGCCACGAUGGCUGCGGCCGAAGCAGCAGCGGCGCAGAUGGCGGCGAGCAACAACUCGGGUUUGAGCGCUUCCGGCGCGACACUCUCGCCGCUCGCGACUACCCAGAUCAUACGGCGGCCCAGCAUUACAAUUUCCGGUUCGUUAGUCAUAAGUGAAACAGGAUCUCUAGAUCGCAUGAAAAACGCGGCUGAAAAACGUAAAAAGGGGCCGCUGGAUGACGGACCCCGCGUUUCGGAUCGUGUCGAGGAGACGCGUGUCAAUCCCAAUUCGCUAAUUGAUGAGAUUUUGAAGGACACCAAAUUGGAUCAAUUAGCCGAAUCGGCGGAGACAUCUGGCCUGCAAUUGUAUAUUGCACGUGAUGGCACCGCAUCGCUGGGUAGUCAUGAGGUGAAAGCUCGCGUACCAACUGGCGCCUUCAAGCAGGUGGUCAUGAAGAAUCCAAGAUAGUAGCGUAAAUCGUAAAAUUGUAAGAAGCAAGAAGACUACAAACUACAUAACUAUGAUACCGCAUACAUAAAAAUACAUACAUACAUACAUACAAACAUAUGUACGUGUAACACAGCAACCGCAGCAACAGUAUAGUAAAGCUACCACAGCAGCAGCAGCAGCAGCAAGAAAAGAACGAAAAGAAAAAAUAAUUAAGAAAAAUGCAAAACUAAAUAAUAAAUAAAUAUAAAAUUAUUUAUAGAAUAAAAACAAUCCAAAUGCUAAAGCUACAUUAACUAUAUAUAAUGCAAUGUAAGCCAGCAAGCCAGUAAAAAAUAAGCAGCAAAAAUUGUACGAGCAGCAAAAAAAGAAAUAAGCCAAUCUACUAACUAGAGAAUUUAAAUCAAAACAUGCAAACAUAACCAUCUACAGAUUUGUAUACAUUCAUCACACACUUCAUUCAUCACAUAGCCUCAAGUUAUAAACUCAACGGUAGCAUCUCAAGACAUUAAGUUUUUAUGUAUAAGCGCGACCGAACGGCAGAUUACGGAAACCGAACGCGAUCGCGAACGUAUGAAAGAGUAAAAUGAAAGCCAUCCAUCCAUCCAUGCACUCACAUUUUACAUCACCAUUCACCUCAAGCCACCACAAAUUCGAUUGAUACUGCAAAAAGUAAUCGCGCGCGACUUUAUAAGCCGACAACAAAGCUAAAAAAAAAA